AUGGCCCGGGGCGUCCACGCGGGGGCGGUCUCCGCGGGGGCCGGGCCUGGGGACGCAGUAGGCCGAGAACUCCCCCGGGAGAGGUGGUGUGGGUGGAGCGGGCUCGGCGGCCACCAGACACGGGGCCGGUCUGGGUACCCCGCAGGCCCCCGAGGGCUCAGAGCUGGGGCGGCGCCCCGGGCGGAGGCACAGGCCCGGCCUGGGGGGUGCCUCCGGAGGAUCGGGGCUCCCCGGAGCCACCCAGCGGCGAUGUGUGGGUGCCUCGGGGCAGGCCCCCUGCAGCGGCCUCAGAGGUGUGGGUGUGCUGGGCGGGGGGCAACUGGGUGUGGCGUGAAUGGGAUCGCUCCGUCGAGGCAACUGCUGGGCAGCCAGAUAAGAGACAUGAGGCUGAGCUGGGUCCUGACAGUAUUGUCCAUCUGCCUGAGUGCCCUGGCCACUGCUGCGGGGGCCGAGGGCAAACGGAAGCUGCAGAUCGGGGUCAAGAAGCGGGUAGACCACUGUCCCAUCAAGUCGCGCAAGGGGGACGUCCUGCACAUGCACUACACGGGGAAGCUGGAAGAUGGGACGGAAUUUGACAGCAGCCUGCCCCAGAACCAGCCCUUUGUCUUCUCUCUGGGCACAGGCCAGGUCAUCAAGGGCUGGGACCAGGGGCUGCUGGGGAUGUGUGAGGGAGAAAAACGGAAGCUGGUGAUCCCAUCAGAGUUGGGGUAUGGAGAGCGGGGAGCUCCCCCAAAGAUUCCAGGUGGUGCAACCCUCGUGUUUGAGGUGGAGCUGCUCAAAAUCGAGCGACGUUCAGAACUGUAGCCAAACUGGGGAGGGGCAGUGGAGAGGCCCCCAUCAGGGACCAGACUGUUGAAAGAAAGAAAGAAAGAAAGAAAGAAAAAAAAAAUCCCUUAAAGCCCA